UGGUUUUUUUUUUCGUGUUUUUUUUUUGUCCAUCGGAGUCGAGGGUGAGGGCGAAUCGGGCGAGGCGCUCGCCGGCGCGGGUGCCGCAGCUCGGGUCUCGCUAGGGCAACGCUCUCUCUCUCUCUCUCUCUCUCGUCCACGGCGACGGUAUCGUCGUCGUCGUCGGCGAGGGGCUCGUCGGCGCCGGCGAGGGACUCGUCGGCGGCGAGGGGCCUCGCUUGAGAAAGGGGGCUUAUUCUUCGUCUUCGUCGUCGUCGUCGUCGUCGAUCGAGCGAGAUAGGAGGGAGAGGCGAAGUCGAAGGGCGACGAGAUCUCUUCUCGAUUUCGGGCUCCUUUUUCCAAAUGGUAUGCAUGCUUGGACAUGGGAGAAUGGCAACCAUGGUGAGGCUGCUUACAAUUGAAAAUUGUUCAGAUAUCACACCAGCAAGUACACAUACCAUGGUGGGAACAUGCUGGUACAUGCAGACACAGGCUCCUUACAGGAAGAAAUGACUCGUGAAAAGAUUGCUGCCCAGAUCAUCCACAAGGAAUUCCUUGAAGCAGAUGAUGCAAAUUUACUCGAGGAAGAAGAUAUGCAUGUAUUUGAUUGUAGGCCAUUGACAGAUCCGCUGCACCUGGUACGCUGUAAUGCUUGUAAGAAGCCAAUCAAAGAAAGUCAAUAUGCAGCUCAUGCAGAGCGUUGUAGGUCAUUUAGCUCAAAUAGAGAUUCUGUCGUGGAACUUGAUGGUGAUUCUGGUCAUAAAAAGCCUCUGAGGAAGGGAAGAAAAAUAUCACAGUCGUCUAACGGCAAUCAAAGAUUACAUGUAGAUGAAAAACAAAAAUCUGAGUCAAUGAAUAGGAAUGACGGUGGUGGUUCACAAUCGAAUUUCGAAAAUCAGAGCACCCUUCAUUCUACACAUUCAGGGGAGGCCCCACGAACAAUGCGUUCACUUGAUCACAUAACAACCGUCAAUGCUUCUGAAAAUGGCCAUGGAGAUGCUCCAGUUCCUCUUGCAACGAAAAUUUACCACUCACAAGGCAACUAUCGUCUAAGGUUGAAACUGGGCCAUCUUUAUCGUGCGACGAGUGGAAUAGAAAAUAGCAGCAAUUAUGAAAGUUCAAAUGCAGUGGAGGAUGGAAUGUCGGCUCCGCCAGUCUUUAAUAAGUUGCCACAUGAAGCACAAAAGGAUAAUUUUCCGCAAAUGAAGAAAGAUGCGUACUCCUUGGGUGUCGUGUGCGACUCUGACCAGCUGACGAGACAAAGUUCAGAACUACAUGCUGAUCUCUCAGGAGAAUUAACGUCAGCCAUAAGCUUGCCAAACCAAGUACAACGGACUAACUUCUCGAGACUUGAACAGCCUGUAGCUGCUGCUCCAAAGGGAAUGACAAAAGUCAAAUACCAUGGAACGGCAUAUUCAUACUCUGGAAGCUCAGUGUUCGACAGUGUGAAAGAACAACUCGGGUCUUCGAGACCAUUGCAAUACUUCGCGGCCCGUAGGCUUGAGAACAGCUACCUGGGGAUUUUUGGAAUUAUGCCCACUUGGGGUAGGGAAUUCUCAGGAUGGCUGUCCCAACCUUAUCCUGGAACUGCUAUCCAAGUGUAACAGCAACUGGUUCUUUGGGAGCAAUGCAGCAGGCUAACGGAAGUGUUCCGGUGAUUUAGCCAUCGAUACGGUGGUCCUCUAAUGAAAGGGAUAUUCAGCUGUAUAUUCCUUACUUCAAAUUUCAAUUAUAUAGUCUAGCGUAAUUAAAUGAUCCCCAUUCCUCCUGCACUAUAAUGUACAAACAAAUCAACUUCGUUCCCUUGUAGUCGAGAUGGUGCAUCGGUACAGAUUGAGUAACUUGCGAGCCUGCGUUCGACUCAAAUGAAACAGCCACUCACAUCCAUUGGUUGGAAGGGAGUUUCUUUUUCUUUUUUUUGAAAAAAAAAGAAAAAAACAUUUUGAUUUUCGUCUCAUCGAGGAAAAAGUGCUGCAGAUUCGAUGCUGUAAUUUAUUAACAUCAUUGGACUUCCUAAAUUUGGCUUAUUGCCAAAAACAGUUUGUGCUAUUUGAUGGUUCGAACGAAAUUCGAGUUUUAAAUUCGAGUUUCAUGCUAUUAUAUCUCUUA